AAGUGUCACAAGCAUGAAGAUUGGGGGAAUGGCCACAUGCAGGAACUCCCCAAAUUGCAGGAAGCAGUUGCACAAUAUUGCCCUCUAGCACACUGUUUCCCAAAACCAGGGGUACUAGCACCCCUGGGAGUACUUGAGAAGACUCAUGAGACCAUAUGCCAACUGGUAAAAUGUACAUGAAGGGGUACUCCGGGAAAGCAAAAUUCGGUUGGUCUUACACUAACCGAAAAAGGUUGGGAACCACUGCUCCAGCAGCACAGGCCGAGACCGGGCCUGAGACGUGAAACGAACUACCCCAGCUCGCAGUCGUUGAAGUAGGCAACAAGAGACGCUGCUGAAAGUGUGUUUGCGGGAUGCCGGACAACAGGCAUUUUUAAAACCGUCCCGCGACUCCUGCGGUGUCUACAGACAUCCCAAAACAAACAAUAACCGACUGUCGGAGAAUGAGUGCACAACUGUGUAUCUGAAAUCUGUGCAAGGCUGUUGGGAUCUCCUUACGUAUUGGGUGUGGACAAAGACUCUCCCCUUACUCCGCUGAGCCGUCCUACUUGGAGUCCCUUCCACCUCCAUCUCCAUCCCAUUCAGCCACAGUAGCCAUAUCCUGGUCCCUGGCUCCAAGAUGGAUGCUUUGGAAAAAAUGCACUUCACCACUAUCGACUAUGUCAUAUUUGCCCUCUUGCUGGUAACGUCCAUGGGCAUAGGGCUGUACUACGCCCUGUCAGGGGGUCGACAGCGCACCACUCAGGAGUUCCUGCUAGCGGACCGGAGCAUGAGCUGCCUUCCUGUAUCCCUGUCACUUAUCGCUACAUUUCAGUCAGCGGUGGCUAUAGUGGGUGUGCCGGCAGAGAUCUAUACCCAUGGCACUCAGUACUGGUUCAUAGGCUGUGCUUACAUCUUGGGCCUAUUCAUUCCAGCACACGUUUUCAUUCCUGUGUUCUACAGGUUGCAUCUUACCAGCGCUUACCAGUAUCUGGAACUGCGCUUUAGCAAACCAGUGCGUAUCUGUGGAACACUUACCUUCAUCUUUCAGACAGUCAUCUAUAUGGGUGUUUGUAUAUAUACUCCGGCCCUAGCACUCAAUGCAGUUACUGGCUUUGAUCUAUGGGGAGCAGUACUGGCCACUGGAAUGGUGUGUACACUGUAUACAGCUCUGGGAGGCCUGAAGGCAGUGAUCUGGACAGAUGUCUUCCAGACCAUAGUGAUGUUUGCUGGCCAGCUGGCGGUCAUCGUGGUGGGGGUCCAGCAGACUGGGGGGUUAGCAGAGGUCUGGAGGAAGGUCUGGGAGGGGAAUCGUAUCUCUGGCAUAGACCUGAAUCCUGACCCUACGGAGAGGUACACGUUCUGGACCCUGGGGGUGGGAGGGGUCUUCCUGAUGCUGUCUCUGUACGGGGUGAACCAGGCCCAGGUACAGAGAUACCUCAGCUCCAAGACCGAGAGGGAAGCCAUCAUGUCUUGCUACAUGGUGUUUCCCUCUCUACAGGUAGCUCUAGCUCUGAGCUGUGUCAUGGGGCUGGUCAUGUUUGCACGUUACUGUGAGGAGGACCAAUUUCACAAAAUAGACAACUUAUCCAAAAAUGAGAUGGUGUUAUACUUUGUCAUGGACAUGCUGCAGGAUCUACCUGGUCUGUCUGGACUGUUUAUAGCUUGCUUAUUUAGUGCAGCUCUCAGCACCAUCUCAUCAGCUUUUAACUCUCUGGCCACAGUGACCAUGGAGGACCUGAUCAAACCACACUGCUCAUCCAUGACAGAGGCCAGGGCCACCCUGCUCUCCAAGGGACUUGCAUGUUCAUAUGGACUGCUGUGCCUGGCUAUGGCCUAUCUAACCCACUUGAUGAGUGAUUCUGUUUUGCAAGCUGCUUUCAAAAUCUUUGGAAUGGUUGGUGGUCCUCUUCUUGGCAUCUUCUGUCUCGGGUUGUUCUUCCCUUGUGCUAACUCUACCGGUGCCCUGGCGGGGUUGGGGUCAGGCCUGGUGAUGGCCUUCUGGGUGGGCAUCGGGAGCAUCGUAACCCGCACCUCUGGUGGUCCUGCUGCUGUGUCUCAGUUCAACUGCACGGCAAUACAACUCGCAGGAAGCAUCACCACAGCCAUAGGGACUGUACUCAAUAGUACUGCUGUGCCUACUAGUACAUCCAGCCGACCAAUGGGUCUGCAGAGAUUCUACUCCUUAUCCUUCAUGUGGUACAGUGCUCUCAGCUCUUUCACUGUGGUGAUCACAGGGUUGAUCGUUAGCUUUCUCACAGGACCAAUGAAAAAGGAGGAUGUGACCCCAGGUACUCUGUCUCCUCUGUUGGGCAACAUGCUGUUCUUCGUACCAGAUAACAUCAAACAAAAGCUGUGCUGCGUCACCACACUGGGGCACAGGCCAAUCAUCCAGGAAUGUCUACCUGCACAACACAAGGAAAGCAAUAUUCAGGCCGUCUACACAGAAGAAGAGGAGGAAAGGCAGAGCUUUCUUCCCACUUACCACACACCUGCUGUGGAAUAUGAGACAACUGUGUGAUGGACAGAGACACUUCCAUAACGUCAUGUUAUUUUUGUUAUUCAUUUUUUUUGUCAUUUAGCAGACGCUCUUAUCCAGAGCGACUUACAGGAGCAAUUAGGGUUACGUGCCUUGCUCAAGGGCACUGACAGAUUUUUCACCUAGUCGGCUAGGGGAUUAGAACCAGCGACCUUUCGGUGUUAUGUCAUGGCCCACGGGGCAGUGAAAUUGUCCACUCACCAUUUCAUGUCAAAGAGUGAAUUUCAUAGAGGACCUGUUCUGUUGAGAUGAUGCUCUGAGAGGAGAAGUGGUCAGGAGUGACCCUUAUUUUAAAGCUUUGCUCCAGGCUCAGGUUUGUAAUCCAAGUGGAUAAAAAAUGCAUUGAUACUGUACAUGUCUACUGUACAUGACGCCUGACAAGACCAAAGAAACGUAGAGUAUUACGUGUUCUGAAAUCAAAGAUAAACCCAAGGCCAUAUCGUCUAGUUCUGAGAAAAUCAGAUUUGAAUGGAACAUUUGUUUUGUUGUGAGGUAUUAAAUAAAGACAUAUCAAGGGGCGGAAACACGGAGAACUAUGGAGUACUGCUUGUCUGAUAUCGCCACAGAUAGAACAAUGAGCCAGAUAUUUCACCGGAUGUAUAAAUGCGAAGCAUCUGGUUUGCGUUUCCACUCAUUACCAAAUAUGGUGAUGAGAGGAAGCCCAGUGGCUGGCAGUGGGAGAAGAUGAAUUUUGGCCAACAUUCUGCUAAUUUUCUCAACGACCAAACAUUUGAUCUCCAUACAGUUUUCUGUUUCCAAAACUACAAUCUGUAACAGAGUGGACUGCAUUUAGUAGACUUUACCCUUUGCCAGAGUUUCAAAAAAUGGUGUUUAGGAGUGCAAGGGCGAAUGUAGUUAUUAUUGCACACACAAACUUCACAGAGUAGGCGUUCCCUAAUGAAAAUA